GGGCUUAUUCGACGGUUCUCUCACCCGCCAAGGCCGCCUUCACUCAUUUUCAACAAUUUUCCCUCUCAAACGGAGUAAUCAAAUGUGAUCUCCCUCCUCCUGCAAUCAUCGCCCCAAAUUCUCCCACCAUUCAGAGAGAGCCACAGAGUGAGAGAGAUGACGAUUGAGAUGCUGAAAGGUUUACCGUUCUCGGUAGACACAUGGUCGCCGAAUUCGAGCAGAAAGCGGCACCAUUUCCUCACGCAUGCCCACAAAGACCACACUCAAGGGAUCUCCACUCACGCCUCUUAUCCGAUCUACUGCACCCUUAUCACCAAGACUCUUGUCCUUCAACAUUACCCUCAGCUUGACGGAUCAGUCUUUGUGACUAUUGAGAUGGAGCAGAGUUUGGAGAUUGAGGAUCCCGAUGGCAAAUUCACGGUCACCGCAUUUGAUGCCAAUCAUUGUCCCGGAGCUGUUAUGUUCUUAUUUGAAGGGAUAUUUGGUAACAUUUUGCAUACCGGCGAUUGCAGACUUACUAUUGAGUGUUUAAGAAGAUUGCCAGAGAAGUAUGUCGGGAAGAAAGGAAGAGAGCCUAGGUGUCCACUUGAUUGUGUUUUCCUGGAUUGUACUUUUGGUAAGUUCCCAUCAAGGAUGCCCACCAAGCAGUCAGCAAUCCAACAGGUCACACACUGUAUAUGGAAGCACCCUGAUGCCCCAACAGUGUAUUUGACUUGUGAUCUUCUUGGACAAGAGGAUAUCCUAGUGAGCAUAUCCAAAACUUUUGGCUGUAAGAUAUAUGUCGAUAAAGUGAAAACCCCACAAUUUUUUCAGACUCUAGAACUUUUGGUGCCUGAAAUUCUAUCUCAAGACCCAGUUUCUCGUUUCCAAAUGUUUGAUGGAUUCCAUGGACUAUAUGAGAGGGCAGAAGCCAAGAUUGCAGAAGCUCGGGCAAAUCUUCAAAAUGAGCCUCUAAUAAUCCGUGCUUCUUCACAGUGGUAUGCAUGUGGUGACAAAGAGUGUUCAGUCAUGCAGAAACAGAAAAAGGAAAGGUUUGACCAAGCAGUGAGAGAUACGUCUGGAGUGUGGCAUGUCUGUUAUUCAAUACACUCUUCCAGGGAAGAACUGGAGUGGGCCCUACAGAUUCUUGCCCCCAGAUGGGUUGUUUCGACUACUCCCACUUGCAGGGCUAUGGAACUGGAUUAUGUGAAGAAGCAUUGCUUUACCCUUAAGCGUGAUAUGGACGAUCCGUUUUUGAAACUUUUGGAGAUUGAUGUGUGUGCAUCAUCUCAAGGCAUACCGGAAGAAGCUUCUGUCACAUCUGAUGUCACCUCUGAGGGUAAUAGUAAGAUCUUAACCCAACUGGCAGUAUCACCAAGUAGGGAGGUGCAGCAUAUUUCUCUUCCGAGGAAGAAAAGGUCACCUGUCACCUUAUUUGGUAGAGCUAGACAUGGGAUGGUGGAUCCCUCUUUUGCAGAAGAAGUCAAUAAAGCCUCUAAGGUUUCUGAUAAGAAUCAUGCAUCAGUUGAAAUUAAGAUAGACUUAAGUAAAUCCAAAGAAUCAAAGAAUGGCUCGUCAGAGAAUGUUACUAUGGAGGGGGAGGAGACAUGGGAGCUGGAGAUGCAUAAUUAUAAACCUGAGGAGUGCAACUCAACAGAUGAUUUAAAGGAGCAACAAAGAAGUGUUUCUGAUAUUACACCUAAUGGAUCGUCAAAGAGCUUUAGUGCAAGCUUGAGAAGGUUUUACCGGUCUAUGAACGUACCUGUACCUGAGCCUCUUCCAUCCCUUGUGGAACGUAUGAAUGCUAAUAAAAAACGUGCAAGGUGGUUGUGUAACUUGUGAGUGAGAUGUACUCUCUGCCUUGUGCUUCAGCAUUGUAUCAAAUUGGUUCUUUCUCUACUCUUCUCUGUUUCCAUGGUCAAAUCUGAAGUUCUUUUACAGAAAGUGGGAAGUACUUAAUGCAAUCCAUAUGGUACACUUUCCUGGAGGCCUUUUAGGCAUUGUUGCAAACCAAGUUUUUUUUAUAACUUUGCUGAUAGGUCACUUUGUUUCUGAUUUUUUUUGUACAAUUGUACAGAUAGGCUCUUUUUCCAUGCUUGCAUAUAUAUUCAAAUUGCAGAGACCAAUUUUGUACUCGAGAUUCAGGUUAUUAAACAUUGUCUAUCGAAAGCGAUUCUUGAAUUUCAUUUCCUUUGUAAUAUAAACGAUCAACUUUUUAUGGUUCAUGUCAUCAUGUGCAUGAAUAUACUUCUCUUUCUACUUACUGG